AUGCCCAAGGAUUGUAACGAACUUUGUGAGGAGGGACAAACCAUUACAGGGGUAUAUGAUAUAUACCCCUACAGAACAUUAACAAUACCGGUCAGUGUGUACUGCGAUAUGAACACAAUGGGCGGUGGAUGGACGAAACGCGUAGACGGAUCAGUGAGUUUUGCGAGGAACUGGACGGAAUAUAAGAAUGGUUUUGGUUCACCAGAACAGAAUGUCUGGAUUGGUGACUCUAUGAUAGACACUGGAGACAGCAUGAGACGUGACAUUGAUCUAUCUGGGAUGUCAUUCUCCACCCCGGACAGAGAUAACGACGGGUCUCCUAGUAACUGUGCUGCUUACAGUACAAUUGGAGACAACAUCAAGAAGUGCGUCCAUGUCAGCCUCGUUCUGCGCAAUCAACGCUAUAUCAUCUGCUUAUAG